CCCACCCUGUACGUCCGCCUGACCCGCCGUGGGCUCAGCUCCCAAGGGCUCCCUGACAUCACUGCCUCUGAGGGCUUCGUGGUGGGAGAGGUCACCAAGAAGAGCAUUCUCAUUUCUUGUCCUUACGAAAAUGUGUCCACCAAGUUCCUGGCCCCUUACACAACUUUUUGCAGAAUUCAUCAGAAAAGUGUCACCUGCCUUGAUAUUUCCAGUGGUGGAGGGCUUGGGGUGUCCACCAGCACAGAUGGGACCAUGAAAAUCUGGCAAGCUGCCAAUGGAGAAAUAAGGAGGCUGUUGGAAGGCCAUGUGUAUGAUGUCAAUUGUUGCAGGUUUUUCCCAUCUGGCCUCGUGGUUCUGAGUGGGGGAAUGGAUGCCCAGCUAAAGGUCUGGUCAGCAGAAGAUGCCAGCUGUGUAGUAACAUUUAAAGGUCACAAAGGAGGUAUUUUGGACACUGCCAUUGUGGAUCGGGGAAAAAAUGUCCUUUCCUGCUCCAGGGAUGGCACAGCCAGGCUCUGGGACUGUGGAACAUCCUCCUGUCUGGGUGUCCUUGCUGACUGUGGCUCUCCUGUCAAUGGCAUUGCUGUGGGCACUGCUGACAACUCCCUCAACCUGGGCACACCUGAAGAAGCUCCCAGUGAACGUGAGGUUGGGACAGAAGGGAAGAUCCUGCUGCUGGCUCGAGAGGACAAGAAGCUCCAAGGAGUGGGACUGCAGAGCAGGCAGCAGGUGUUCCUCUUCCCCGGGUCCGACGCGUUCAACUGCUGCACGUUCCUCUCCAGCACCUACAUCCUGGCUGGGACUCAGGAUGGGAACAUCUACCAGCUGGAUGUGAGAAACACAAACACUCCCAUCCAGACCAUCCACAGAUCAGGAGCUCCAGUGCUUUCCCUGCUCCCCUACCGAGAUGGAUUUGUUGCCAGCCAAGGUGAUGGAACAUGCUUCAUCAUUCAGCAAGACCUGGAUUAUGUCCUGGAUCUCACAGAAGCUGAUUGUGACCCUGUGUACAAGGUGGCUUCUUGGGAGAAGGAGAUUUACACCUGUUGCAGAGAUGGGGUCGUCAGGAGAUACCAACUCUCUGACCUUUAA